AUAGGGGCGGGGCGUAGCCAUCAGUGAAUGCAGGUGGUCCAAGGCUGGUUUUUGUGCGGUGGAUUGAAAGAGCGGCUCCCUCCUUUGCGCCAUGGCAUCCAGCCAUAAAAAAAUAACACCAAGCACUGCCCAGCGAAAGAAAAGUGGGUUGAAGCAUGAAUUGUCCGAAGAUCAAAAGCAGGAGGUCAAAGAAGCUUUUGAUUUGUUUGAUACCGAAGGAAAUGGCACCAUUGAUAUUAAAGAGCUAAAGGUUGCAAUACGUGCCCUUGGCUUUGAGCCAAAGAAAGAGGAAAUUAGAAAGAUGAUUGCGGAGCUUGGAAAAGAGGGAAGCAGCGUCAUAGAGUUUGAAGAUUUCUUGACCAUGAUGACCAAAAAAAUGAGUGAAAAAGACACCCAGGAAGAAAUCCUGAAGGCUUUCCGGUUGUUUGAUGAAGAUGGCACAGGAAAGAUCUCCUUUAAAAACCUCAAGCAAGUUUCCAAGGAGCUUGGAGAAAAAUUAACAGAUGAAGAAUUACAGGAAAUGAUAGACGAAGCCGAUCGGGAUGGCGAUGGAGAAAUAAAUGAGCAAGAAUUCCUGAGAAUCAUGAAAAAGACUGCUCUCUAUUAAUGAUCCUGCAACCUUUAAAAUGACCUACAAAGACUAUACAAACAUUUCCGCUUCUCCUACUGUUCUGUGAUGUAUGGAAGCGAACACUGCGUUUUGGGGGCAGGGAGGGAUCUUUUGAAAAGGAAAAUGUCAAAAUUGUUGGUCAAACAAGUGUCGUCUGUUAAACUACUGGGUAUAGUGAAAAGGAACAGUUCAAAAUGACAGAACUGUUUCUCUUCUAGUCAGUCAAAGGAAUUAUUCACACUGUCAUCUCUAUAAAUCUCUAUAAACAGAGUGCAGGCACCCUCUUCCUUUGAACUUUACAUCUACAUAUAUUUGGCAAGCACAAUUAAAUGAAAACCUUCUCUUUCUUUCUGUUAACAUGUUAAUAUCCAUGGUAUUUAGCUGUUUGUGGUGCUUUCUUUUGUGAAGCAUCAAGUGCUUUGGCUCAAAACCUUGAGUAAGAAUCUCAAUCUUAAUUGGAAAAGGACAGCAUAGAUCUUAUUAGAGCCUCACUGCUUUCUUUGGAUUAGUCGUAAAGCUACUUAGAGCUUUGAUUCCCAACGUAAAGUAAAGUUGCCUGAUAGGACAUGGUCACUGUGCUACUCAGUUAUUAUACAAGAGGAAACAAUUCAACAUGUGCAGCAUUCCUCAUCAUAAUGCUAUAAUUCUGCUGGAUUUCUUCUGCAUUGUUGUUCAGAUGGGAAAAGAAAUCCUUGAAGGAAUCUGAUUCAUAUAGAAAACUUUUCAAACAUCCCAUAUAUAUAUAUAUCUGAGUAACCCAUUAAAACAGUCCUAAUUUCCCAUACAACAUUUUCAACUCACGGACAGCCAUGUGAACAAGUAGACAGUUGUCCUUAAUCUAUUAUUAUGAUCUAGGGAUGUGUGUUUACUUGUUUACAUGUUCAAAAUGGUCUGAGCUGAUGAGAUGUGGAUCUGAACAUCCAGUAGUUCACUCCUGAUCUACAAGUUCUCCACCUGAUAUGUAGAGCUGUAUCAGAUGUCUUGCAUGACUAGUAGUCACAUUUCUAUAGUCCCAUUGGUCAUAUAGUCUUUCAUCCUUUUAGCCAAAGGCUCAGCUGGACAUUACAUGCAUUUCCUCUCUGCUUUAUGUCUGUAUUGUGUGUGAAAAGCAGCCAUGGAAAGUUCUCAAGUCUAGUAAGUAAAAUACAACAGGAGAAAAUAAAACAGUCAUUGCUUAUUCCUUUCUCUUCCCAGUGUUUUUAAAAUCAAAACUAUUUCCCCAUCCCCUUUUUUGGGGGACUGAUGAAAUAUCUGUUGAGAAAUAUGUGAGCAAAAGAAAAGUCAAGAUUAAAUUGUACAAGAUUGUGGUUGCUUGUCAAACUGCUUCGCUAUGAGGCCUGCAUUUCCUUUUUUUUCAUUUGUAGGAGUUUGUUUUAAAAUAACCACUUUGUUAAUGUGUGUUGAUCUGCAUUCGACCCAUCACAUUAGAUCUUAGCUUAACAAGAGGACUUACAAAGCAAGGAUGAAAUAUGAGAUUGUUGCCUCAGUUGGAUUUGUAUUGUCGUUGCAUUUGCAUAAAACAUCAUUUUUGUACAA